GCCAGUAUUUGUGGAUUAUACGUUCUAUAUCUUUGCUUUUGGUACUGUAUUGGCUUACAAAUGGGAAGACAUCCCUUCUGUCUCUAACUUUAUAUGUAAGAAGUUCUUUCCUAGGUAUUGUGCCUACUUCCCUGGCGCAGUUCUCAAUAUUUUUAGGUUUAUAACCACGUUCAAUAAAUCUAUGUUUAAGAGUAUUUACUGCAAGGGAAUAGUUGGUCUCUUCAGAAGUGAUCCUACGUGCCCUUAUAAACUGGCCCUUAGGGAUUGCUCUCAUUACUUUAGGGGCAUGGAAACUAGAAGCAUGUAAGAUAUUAUUUUUCUCAGUGGGUUUACGGUACAGAUUUGUACUGAUGUUACCCUCAUUUACAGUUAUGAGACGUCCUUUUUGAUACAUUUGUAAUGUAUUCUCCCUUAAAACUUAUAUUCUAUUUUUCCUUGCAGAUAACAGAAUUACUGAGCCCAAGAUAGUUACAUUAUAUGUACAACUAGUGGUAAGAAUAUUGGGUAAUCCUUCUAUGUAAAAUAGACAUGUGAUCUUGUUGUAUUAGUGGUAGGCCUAGAAAUGGGCAGUUCCUUUUGUGUUCAUUAGCAUAUCAGCACUUUAGUGAAACACUAUGUAGAUACAACCUUUGUGCAAUACUUAUAUAAAUUUCGUAACCUUGGAAUGAAGUCAAAAGACCAUUUGGACUAUUUUUGUACUAUUUUUAUAUUUUAUCGAUUUUAUGAGCACGUAUUGUGAUGACAUAAGCACUGUAUCACGGUUGAACUAUAACAAAGGUAUUUUAUAUAUUUUUAUUAACAUAAAUUAUGACGACAUGAAUACCAUGCCACUUUUGAUUGACAUAUGAUGUUUGAUGAUCUCACUUCCUGUUUUACACCUUAAAAAGUCUGUUCACAUAAUGAUUUGUACACUUGAUAAAGGGCUUUGGGCCCGAAACAUGUUGUGUGCAAUAAAGAGCACUUAGCAGCAAGUUCUGCCUCUUCGUUUGCUUUCUCUCAGCUCUCUCUGUGAUUUGCAUAUAUCCUACACCUGGAGCGGGGGUGCUUCGCUGAGAUUGAGAGCAUAGCUGCCAGUUCCCCAGUCAUCCUGUUAUAUUGUUCAUAAGUGAGUACCGCUAGACUGUGGGUGAAGGACAGCAGUUUAAUAUGUCUGAGGAUUCUAUCCCUUCAACUGCGACUACGUUUGCAUAUGAUGAAGCAGAUAUUGGAAGGAUUUUAAGUAAAAUUGAUGCAGUAAAUCUGCUUUCAACGCAAGACAUCGUUACUACAGAUACAGAGAAGGAUCUGUUCAACCUACGACGAAAGGAAAUACACACCAGUCUGCAUGUAAGUUCUCUGGCUGAAUAUAUCAAAGUUAAAAGAAUUCCCCGAGGUCUAAGACUUGACAUCAAACCUAAUUUAUGUGCAGAAAAUAAUCUCCUGCAACAACGCUGGCAUGAAAUAUGCAAUAAAUGUAGCCAGGAUUUGAUGCUUUUAACCGUUGAAACACUUACUGAAAAACUGGUGGAUAUCCGCACUGAAGUCCAGAAAUACAAAGAACAGCUACUAUUAGAGAAAGGCAAGGAUCAAGCGGAGAAAGUGAUCAGCGAACAGGAGCGUGCACUGGCCAAAUUACGCGAGACUAUCAUCCUCCGAAAGCGCAACAAGUUCGAAAGAGACGCGCGUGACUACAGAGAGGGCCGCGAAUACACGUGGCGAGAAGACAGGAACAGCCAGCGUACACAGCCAGGCCAGUAUAGUCCGCGCUACAGACGAACGGAUCGAGCGGAAAGAAGACCUUGGGCUUCAACUGACACCGCACAGCCCCAGUAUCGGCGCAAACAGCGUUAUAGAACCCCACGACAGGGCACAUCACGCGCACCGACGGAGCUAACAUCCAGCAGCGAAGAAUGUUCUGCCUCAUCUUCCCAAUCCUCUGUGCCUUUUUUAGGAGCUGCGGCACCCCAGGACACGAUGGGUAUACCACGCAAUCAAAAGCCACAGAACACCAGGGAGCAAUACCCAACGAGGAAUCGCAAGGCAACAAGAUAACAGAAUUACUGAGCCCAAGAUAGUUACAUUAUAUGUACAACUAGUGGUAAGAAUAUUGGGUAAUCCUUCUAUGUAAAAUAGACAUGUGAUCUUGUUGUAUUAGUGGUAGGCCUAGAAAUGGGCAGUUCCUUUUGUGUUCAUUAGCAUAUCAGCACUUUAGUGAAACACUAUGUAGAUACAACCUUUGUGCAAUACUUAUAUAAAUUUCGUAACCUUGGAAUGAAGUCAAAAGACCAUUUGGACUAUUUUUGUACUAUUUUUAUAUUUUAUCGAUUUUAUGAGCACGUAUUGUGAUGACAUAAGCACUGUAUCACGGUUGAACUAUAACAAAGGUAUUUUAUAUAUUUUUAUUAACAUAAAUUAUGACGACAUGAAUACCAUGCCACUUUUGAUUGACAUAUGAUGUUUGAUGAUCUCACUUCCUGUUUUACACCUUAAAAAGUCUGUUCACAUAAUGAUUUGUACACUUGAUAAAGGGCUUUGGGCCCGAAACAUGUUGUGUGCAAUAAAGAGCACUUAGCAGCAAGUUCUGCCUCUUCGUUUGCUUUCUCUCAGCUCUCUCUGUGAUUUGCAUAUAUCCUACACCUGGAGCGGGGGUGCUUCGCUGAGAUUGAGAGCAUAGCUGCCAGUUCCCCAGUCAUCCUGUUAUAUUGUUCAAAAGUUGUACAAUUAGAGGCACAUUUACCAAGGGUCGAA